GUCCCCACCCUGCCGUCUAGAAGUUGAAGUGCAAAGUCAUUAGCUCCAAGGGACAACUCCAACGCAAAUAAACAAAGCAAAGUCCACUCCCUCUAAUCUUUAUUUAGCACAAUGCACCUUUCAUCAUCGACCAUUUCAGUAUGAGAAAGGAAUUAGCAAAGAAGAAGCAAAGCAAGUUGAAGCACUACAUUUCAACUCCUAUGAGGAUUCUGAAGAAAGCAAAGGAGUUAUACGUGAAGGGAGUGGUGGAUUGUACGGGAGCUUUGGGCGUUGGGGUAGCCUCUUCUGUUCAGAGAAGCAAGAGGGAGCUUUCGGGAACAGUGCCCGUGGCCGUGGGGAACCAAACAUUAGUGCCAAUGAUCAGAAAUGAAACGUUAACGAGGGCUGUGUCUGCUGGGUAUAGAUAUAAAUAUAAUAGAAGGAAAAUGAGUUAUCAGACUGAGCCUGAGGUGAGAAAGAUGGGGACAAUUGACGAGGAUAAACCUUGUUAUUUUGAGGAAGAUGAUCAUUCCAAGGCUAAACUAUUGUAUCUCUAUCCAAGAACCAGGCCCCGUGUUGUCCACAGCCGCCCUGUGCCUGUCUAAUGGCAUUCAAUUGGAGCGCCAUAGGAAUGUCACUCACUCUAUACUUGUGUACUACACUACUUUUGAGCAAUUCCCUUCAUUUAUAGUUCCAUGCAACUUUUUCUAUUUUCCUUCCAUAAUUUCACCCUCUAUCCGGUCGAAAUUUGAUAUCUUGAUUGACUU